AUGCUGCUUGUUCUUCCGAGUCAGUGCACUCUUACCGCAUUUGGUAAGUAUGUCUCUGCAAAACAAUUGCUAUCGGAUAGUGAUACAUUGAUGGAAUAUAUCAACUGUGCGAACGACGAAGAUGACACACCCCUCCAGCUCACAGCCAGGAAUGGCCAAAGCGCGGUCGUAGAACUAUUCGUCUAUAUCAUAUCGCUCACCGGGUGCCAAUACCCCGAUCAAAGUUUUACGCCACUCCUGCUGGCGGCCAUAUAUGGACAAGAGUCCGUAGUGAAAAUGCUACUUGAACAAGGCGCGGAUGAAGUUGAAUGGUGUGAAUGGAACGUUGAAGCUAAUGACCUGGGAAAGAGAAAAAUGGCUUCCUGUCAUCCAUUUUGA